AUGGUGCGUUUGUUGACACUCCUCUCGCUGCUCGCCGCCGGCUCCUGCGGCCGUCGAUAUGGAUUAGAUAAGGACGGUUACCACCGGGAUGACGUGGGGUCGAGGCGCUCCCUGCAGACGCCCUCAACGCCGGCCCCCGAGCUGGAGUCGGAGUACUGGUCGCGCGACGCCCAGAGUGAGCUGGGGGAGCGCGCCUGGUACGACGGCAGCAGCGGGUACGCGCGGAACGUCGUCAUGUUCCUCGGAGACGGCAUGUCCGUGGCCACACUCACGGCCGCCCGCACGCUGCUCGGCCAGCGCCGGGGACAGACUGGAGAGGAGUCCCGAUUGUCUUUCGAACAUUUUCCAACUGUCGGACUUUCUAAGACCUACUGCCUAGACGCCCAGGUAGCGGACUCGGCUUGCUCGGCCUCCGCCUACCUGUGCGGUGCAAAGGCUAACCUGGGCACCAUCGGUGUGUCGGGACACGUGGCGCGACACCACUGUACUGCGGCCACCGACGCUGCACACCAGCUCGCCUCCAUCGCCUCCUGGGCUCUCGACGCCGACAGGGACGCCGGGAUCGUGACCACCACCCGCGUCACGCACGCCUCGCCGGCCGGAGCGUACGCCCACACCGCCGACCGGAACUGGGAGAGCGACGGUGACGUUACCGCCGGCUGCAGCGGCCACGCUCAGCUGGACAUCGCGCAGCAACUCGUCCACGCGCGUCCCGGGAAAGACUUCAAGGUUAUUUUGGGAGGCGGAAGAAGAGAGUUCCUACCCAACACUAUGACGGACGAAGAGGGCAGUAGAGGAAGAAGAUACGAUGGGCGAAAUCUGAUCUCAGAGUGGCUCACUGAGAAGGACAGUCGCGGCGUCACGCACGAAUACGUGUGGAACAGACAACAGCUGAUGGAGGUCUCCGAAGAGUUGCCAGAGUACCUGCUGGGACUAUUCGAACCGAGUCACUUACAAUAUCAUAUGGAGGCAAACCAUACCAUGGAGCCGACCCUGGCCGAGCUCACGGAAGUGGCGAUCAAAUCGUUGAGUCGCAACAAGGAAGGAUUCUUCUUGUUUGUCGAGGGAGGCAGGAUCGACCACGCGCACCACGAGAACUUGGCCCACCUCGCUCUCGACGAGACCAUCGAACUAAGCGCGGCGGUGGAGAAAGCACGGGAGCUGCUCUCGGAGCAGGAUUCAUUAAUCGUAGUGACGGCGGACCACGCUCACGUCAUGUCCAUCAGCGGGUACACACAGCGCGGCGGGGACAUCCUCGGCCCCUCGGACGCGCUGGGCGACGACGGCAUCCCCUACAUGACGCUCUCGUAUGGCAACGGUCCCGGGUACCGCGAGCCGAGGGGCGGGCAGCGCGUCGACCCGACACGACAAGAUUACCGAGGGUCAGAGUACGUGUACCCGGCCGCAGUGCCGCUGGACUCGGAGACUCACGGCGGAGACGACGUGGCGGUAUUCGCCUGGGGGCCUCACCACGCCCUCUUCUCUGGCCUCUACGAGCAGAGUCACAUCCCGCAUCGCAUGGCGUACGCAGCAUGCAUCGGUCCCGGCAAGCACGCUUGCCAACAUUCACCACAUUCAACUACUUAA